AUGCGUAGGGUUUACUCUUUUGGCGGACAAAGGGGGAAUCAACGCCUUGCGUUUGCUGCGACGCCAGCAUUCUACGGUUCUGCACAAGGGAAAUUUGCAAGGAACCGAACAAAUUAUCAAGCCCGUGCUCAACAGACCCAAGGGAUACGCUCUCGCCUAACACGGAGAUAUAUGAAGAUGUCUUCGAUCAAAUCGCCAACCGUAGAGAACUGCCUCGAAUUGUUUCGUAAGGCUGUUCCUGCCCUGGAUGGUGUUUCCUACAAAGGCCAAGCAGGCAGAAUUGCGGUCGUUGGUGGAAGCACCGAGUAUACCGGAGCGCCGUACUUUGCCGCCAUGGCGGCAAUGCGUGGAGGAGCGGAAUUGUCGUCUGUCUACUGCGCAGAGUCUGCAGCGCCGGCGAUAAAAAGCUAUUCUCCGGACCUCAUCGUAUACCCUGGGUUUGAUACACUUGGGGACGAUUGCAAAAGCUUGGACCGCAUCCAUGCCAUCAUUCUAGGACCGGGUCUUGGCCGUUCGGAAACAGCAGCGGCCGUUGUUGACAAAGUCGUGAGCUAUGUAUGUAGACAACCCAAACCUCUCGUCAUCGAUGCUGAUGGGCUUUGGUUUAUCGCCAAGUCUCACGAGCUGCGAGAGAAAAUUCGAAACGGGCCGCCCGAAUUGCAGAUUACAUUGACGCCGAACAAAGUGGAGAUGGAUCGGUUGCAAAAGGCGAUGAAUAGUUCGCAGGCCGAAAACGUUGGAAAGUGGUUCCAGGGUCGUGUUGUUCUCGUGGGCAAAGGAAGUUCCGACCAGAUUUUCGGGGAAAAUAGCUACGUUGAAGUUUCGAAUGCGGGAUCGCUAAAGCGCGUGGGGGGGCAAGGCGACUUUCUCGCGGGUCUCAUCGCUUUGUGUAGUGCUUGGAUAAGUAAGUCGACUGCUUUCCAAGAUCGAGCGUCGCCAGACCACGCCGUCGCAGAGGUCGCCCCCGCAGUCUGUGGGUGUGUGUUGACGAGGACUGCGGCGCAUCGUGCGUUUUUGAAACAUGGACGGAGUCUGCUGGCCUCAGACAUGUUGCCUUCCGUCGGACAGGCAGUCCAUGAGGUCUUGGCAGGAAGCAGUUCAGAGUGA